CAGGAAAUGUUGUGAUGUUUAAGUUGGCUAUUCGUACGACGUACAACAGAUAUUUUUCGUGCUAUCGACGGGUUGAAGUAUGUGGUUGUUGGGUAAUGCGGCUGAGCAGUUAUAACUACGUGUAAGGCAUUCUACUUGUUACUGAAACUGUUGAAUCAAUGCAGGCUGGAUCAAGAGGUUGUAGAUUUUAUACAAUCUAAGUAAUUAAUUUUGACCAUUGGGUUCACUGCCAAAAUUUACAGCUGUUUAGCACAGAAUUAUUCUUAAAUAUCACGUUAAGUACUGACACAUCAUCCAUAUCUUAAGACUGUACUUGUAAAGAAUGUCUACAUUAUGUAGAAUAAAAUUUAUUAUGGAUUUUAAUGUGGGAUAUCGAAUACACUGCUGAUGAUUUUAAUACUAGGUGGUCAUAUAUUGUUCGUGUUCAAAUAAUAAGAAACCUGGAUCAUGGCAGCUGUUGUGGAUCAGACUCCAACAAAAGCAGAAACAACUUCUAAUAUGUUUUGUGUAACACAAGAUCAGUCAUCAUACCCAGCAGUGGACUACUCUUCUAUAAGAAUGAAGACUGCACUGAUAAGUCCAAAUGAAAAGCAGUUUGACCUUCUGCAACGGCAAUUAAAAGAGAGACUAGAAGAUGGAAGAGGAGAAACCAUCUAUGAUGUUGGUGUUGGUGAAGAUGGCAGUGAAAGUGGCUUGAAACAAGAUGAAUAUGAUGCAUCAGUGGCCACUCUGCAAUCUCUGGGUGCUACCCUGGAAGCAGACUGUAUGUUGCUAAGGCAGAGAAAGGUGGAAGAAGGUGUUACAGGACAAUAUUUAGUGAGACGCAGAGUGGAUCAGCAAGAUUUUCUAGAAAUCAGGGUUGCUGUUGUGGGCAAUGUUGAUGCUGGGAAAUCUACUCUCUUAGGUGUGUUAACACAUGGAGAUUUAGACAAUGGAAGAGGAUAUGCUCGGCAAAGGCUCUUUCGCCACAAACACGAAAUGGAAUCUGGACGCACUAGUUCUGUGGGGAAUGAUAUUUUGGGAUUUGAUAGUCUGGGCCAUGAACGUUAUCUGAAAACCACAGUGUUUGGAAUGACUGGCCAUGCACCUGACUUUGGGAUGCUUAUGGUGGGUGCAAAUGCAGGUAUAGUGGGCAUGACAAAGGAACACCUGGGACUUGCUCUUGCGCUGAGUGUGCCUGUGUUUGUGGUGGUAACAAAAAUUGACAUGUGCCCACCAAAUGUACUGCAGGACACACUGAGACUUCUGAUGCGAAUACUGAAAUCCCCUGGCUGUAGGAAGGUACCUGUUAUGGUUAAAUCCAGUGAUGAUGUGGUCAUCAGUGCUACUAAUUUUGUAUCUGAAAGGCUCUGUCCAAUAUUUCAAGUUUCCAAUGUGACUGGAGAGAAUCUGAACCUUCUGAAAAUAUUUCUCAACCUUCUGACCGCAAGAAUGGUGAGCCGAGAUGAUGAGCCAGCUGAGUUCCAAAUAGAUGACACCUACUCAGUACCUGGUGUAGGAACGGUAGUGUCAGGAACAACCCUGAAGGGUGUGAUUCGUUUGAAUGACACCCUCCUUCUUGGACCUGAUGCACUAGGACACUUCAUACCAAUUGCAGUGAAGAGCAUCCAUAGGAAACGCAUGGUUGUUCGAGAAGUUCGAGGAGGCCAGACUGCCUCAUUUGCUCUGAAGAAGAUCAAGAGGUCACAAAUUAGAAAGGGAAUGGUGAUGGUAUCACCAGCAGUAAAUCCUAGUGCUUGUUGGGAAUUUGAAGGCGAGAUCCUGGUUCUCCAUCAUCCAACAACAAUUAGUUCUCGGUACCAAGCCAUGGUACACUGUGGCAGUAUCCGUCAAACAGCAUCCAUUCUGUCCAUGUCACAAGAAUGUCUGCGCACAGGGGACAAAGCACUUGUUCACUUCCGCUUCAUCAAACAUCCUGAAUACAUCAAGGCAGGCCAAAGAAUGGUUUUCCGUGAGGGACGCACUAAAGCAGUAGGCAAUAUCCUGCGCCUCAUACCGCAGGCCAGUCCGGGCGCUCAGGCAUCACGGUCAAAACCAAAUAAGAUGCAGUCUAAGCAGAACAACAGCUGUGUACAACAGGCUCAACAGAUCCUUCCACAUGCACUUCCUCAAACUGUGCAGCAGGUAAGAAGGCUAUCACCAGUAGGGAAUCCUGAUGCUGAUUCCCCAUUUGAAGUGACAACAGGUAAACGUGAGAACAUGCCUCAGCGUUCAGGACAUAAGACUCGUGGACGAAGGGGCGGGCGUGGCCGCUCCAGUGUGAACAGCAACAGUGGCAGUGCAGUUUCAAAACAGCCUCUUUCAGAACAGAAUCCUGUAGCCACAGCACGUAGUAACAGUAAGGUGUAAGUGCACUGUACUGUGGCUGAGUAAGUGCAGGAGAAAUGAAUAACAUCACUAAAUGGUAAAUUUUCCUUUGGUGUAUAUUUUUAAUGAAUUACGUGAUUUUAACUGAAGAACAUUUUAAUUCUCAACACAGUUAUCCUGCUAUGUCAUUUUAAGGGUGUUCUGAAUAUGUAAUUACAUAUUAUCUACUUUCUUUGUCGAGUAAUUUCCUUUGGGCGACGACUUUUAUUGUGUGCUGGUUUGCUGAUAUUCUAGAGAACAUGAACAUCUCAGUCUUCAAAGUGAAGUCCAAAUAGUAUUCAGUGGCACUGUUGCAUUCUGUAUAGUUUGGUAGCGGAAUUCUCAGACCAGUCCACUACAUCAUAGUAUUCAUCACCCAAAAAUUAAAAUGAGAUUAGCUUUGAACUGCAGUGAAAUCCUGAAGACUCCUACAGAUACCAGAACAGUAUACAGGUGUAAGACAUUGUUAGGAACUGUCAACUGUGAAGUCUGCUGAUUCAGGUUUUUGUUGCUAUACAUAUAUUUUAAGGAGGAAAACAAAUUGUUAGUAGUAGAAAGAAAUUUUUGGAGAUGGUCAUCAACAUUAUCAAGGAAAGACUAUAGAAUUGGUUUAUAAAAUUCUACUUCAGAUAAUGUAAAAAUGAAACAAGUAAUAUGGCAUAGACAUAUUCAAAGAAUGGCAGAUAGCAGGUGGCCUACAGAAGUACUGGAAUGUAUGACAGGAAGGCAAGUGUAAGAAGGAAGGAAUCUGGGAAUCAGCAGCAAAGAGGAGUGGAAGGAGGAUACAGAAAAAUGGCAGUUGAGAUUUAGAAGACGUUAGUGAUACAAAUAAAGCAAUACACAUGUAAAUGCACAUAUUCUGCUGCUGUUGGAGCAGAGCUUGCAGUGUGCACAUUGCAGGUGAUAGGAAUGAUUUGACAUAAGAACGUAAUCUAUAUUUUUCAUCACUUCCAUCUUCUCACUUCCCAUGCAGAUAAAUUUGAGACUUAGUAAUGGUUCUUUGUAACAAGGACUUGAUAACAUAGAAGUGUGUUAAUUUACUGAGGAUUGGCCAAUCCUACCUCUUCCUAAUGGUCAUUAUAUAACCCUUUGCCCUUCCUAAUGUGUGAAUGCAUCUCAUAUUACUGAUUGGUGGUGAAAGCCAAGGCCUUGUCCUCGUGGUUUUCUUGCUCAUAUUGAUAAGAUGUUUGGGUCGAGCUCCAUUAGUCAGGCAGUAAGACAGAGGUCAUAGAUUGAAAUAUGAUAACAGUUAAAUUGAUUUGGUCACUCCACCACUUUCAUAGAGAAUGAUGUAGAAAUGGGUUUCUACUCUGAAGCACAGUCAGUCUGAAAUGGUUUGUGAUCUGUUUAUGACCUUAGAUGGCUCUUCAGUAAUAUGAAAAAUGUCACUUUCACCUAAACAUUAUGAGAACUGUGAUGGUCUUUGUAAAGUACUAGUUUUAUACAAAUUGAGUAUGUUCAGAAAGCUUAGAAUGAGGAUUGUGACUUGGCAGCAGACAAAAAAAAGAUUGUUUAAGGGGUGAUUUGCUUUUAAACAGAAAAUUCGAGGAAAGCCAAUCAAGUGGGAGAUUAAAGGAUCAGGUAUAGGAAACGUAAAAAUUAAUUUUUUGGUGGUGGGGGAGGGGGGAGUGAGAGCAAGUUACUCUUGAUGCAUGUGAAGACUGUGUUAGAAAGUAUCCUCACAUAUUUGAACUCCUCAUCUACAAAAAUGAUAAAGAUUAACUGACUUCAUGGAGCAGUCUUUCUUCAGAAGCUAACGGUCAUUUAGCUAAUAAAAUAUGGAACCUGAAAGUGUAUUCCCAUGUUCGCAGAAGCUUGCCUGCCACCGGUUACUGCCCUGAGCCACAUGAAACCAGUCCACAAUGCAACUCACUUAAUGGAGCAUAGUUCUUGAAAGCUGAUACUCAGCUAGUCAAUAAAUUCUGUACAUCUUAUUGAACCCAUGUGUUCACAACAGCCUCCCCCACCCAAAUUGAUCACCAUGCUAAGCCAUAUUAAUCUGACCCACACCCUCUCCAGCUAUUUCUGUCUGAUCCAUUUUAUUAUCAUUAUUAUCCCAUCUAUGCCUCAGUUUUCUGAGUGGUCUUCUCCCUGCAGACUUUCCAACCAAAAUGUGUUACACAUUUCUCAUCUUGUAAGAUUUGAGGUUUUCACAGUGGUGAGUAUGAAGGUUUCUGUCUUCUGGGUUGCGCUGUGUAAUCUGGUCGAUGUUUACCAAUGUUUCAGAGGUCAUACUGCCUCUGUCAUCAAGGCAAUUCAUUGCCCUGAUGACAGAAACCUUCAUUUCUCAUCUUCUCCAUGCCCUACCCAUUUCAUAGUCCUUGAUUUGAUCAGCCUAAUAUUUGUUAAAAUUACAAAUUAUAGAGCUCUUCACAAGCAGUUUUCUUCAUCCCUCUUAGGGUCAAAUACUAUCCUGAGCACCCUGUACUGAAGCAUGUUGAGUCUGUGUUCUUUAAUGUGAGAAACCAAGUUUCACACUCACAAAACAACAAAAUACUUGUUUCUAGAUAGCAGAAAAGAAGACAAAAGUUUCUCUACAGCAUGGACAAGCAUUCCUCAAAUGUAGUAUGCUCUUCAUUUCUUCAUGAAUAUAAUUUUGAUUUUUUACCAUAUUUCCCAAGUAUGUGACCUUUGCCACAUUUUACCGUAAAAUAAUUUUGUUAUAUAGUCUGGUGAAAAUACAUGAGCAUAUACAUAGUUUUCUCUUAAUUUAUUUCUGAACCAACUUCCUUACCAGCAUCUAAUAGAGCUUCUGUGUUUUCCUUUCUGAUACUUAUGGUUUCUUCCAGUACCACUUGUUUUCUUGGACAUUCCUCAUGGUAUAUUCAAAAGUACAGUUGAAGAGUAAUUAUUUUAAGCCAUCUCCUUGAAGAUGACUGUCUUCUGGGAUGUUGCGCCUAGAUAGAUAUUGACUGACAUUUCAGAGGAGCUUACUGCCUCCAUCAUCGAGGCAGUUUAAACAUUCCAGAAGACAGCCAUCUUCAUGAUAACCAGAAAUUUCAACCUUCUUAUUUCAGAUCAUUCUAAAUAGGAAAUUCAUCAGACAAAUGUUUAUCUAUACAGACCUUACUAUAUGUUUCAUUUAAACACCUUUUUAAUUAGCCUAACUAGUUAACAAAAUUCAUGAGAAUCUGGUAUACUACUGCUGUCUGUAAAUAGGUAUUAUACAGUCUUGUUGUACUACUACUUUUUUCCAGUGUCUAAAAUGCAGAAUAUCUGAUCACUAGUCAGUUUUAUCAAAAUCAGAACUGAUUAUCCCCAGUAAUUUUGUCUUUGUAUGGAAUUUACCUUGAUAAAAAAUGCUGGAUGAUAUUUUGUAUGUAGUUGAUGACAGUGAUAUUCCUCCAUAAUUAAUAUUGGCAGUUUUGUUGCCAUUCUUAUACAUAGGUACAAUAAUAAAUUCCUUCUACUGCUGUGACAGUUUUUUGUAAUUCCAAAUAAAAUUAAUAAGUUUGUUGA